AUGCGCCUUUUUUGUUUUCUGUCCUCGUGGGCGCCGCCCCCGAAGAUCCGGAGAUAUCCCCUCCUGUACGGGGGCCUCGAUCUCCAUACUUUUCGUUGGAAGAAUCCUACUCCCCACUGUGAUAGCUAUUCACCACUAUUAAGAGAGAUACGGAGAUUUGACGACCUAUGGUCCUGUCAUCUCGAUGAGCAUCUAGACUGGGCUGGACUGGAGACCGUAUGGGCGCCAAAUGGAAUAGAAAUCCCUUCUUUCUGGGUUUCAACUGUCCACCUAUGGCCGCCGGAGGUAUGCUUGGGGCACAUGCAUUUUGCAUUCAGUCAGUCCUUCCCCGUGCGUGCCCUAUUUGUAUUCCAUGAGCCGCUGUCCAGCCGCUUUACUAUCGUUGCUCGAGCCAAUGGCGAGCGCGCCGAGAAGGACAUAUUCAGGGAUUGCCUGAGUGGUGAGUCGCUCCGCGAUGCGAGGAACAAGGAGAAAAUGGAGACUGAUAUCUUGGCUACAAGUAUAUGUGGUGCAAUGAUAAUUUACCGAAACUCAAAGCCAAUGUUCCAAGGCUUGUCUAUUUUUCCCUUCACUACGCAACCUUGCAACCACAGUCCUUUACUGACAUCGACAAUCGGUUCUAAUGAAGCUCAGCUCACCUUGUUCAAGAUGAACCUCCAAGCUAUUCCCCACACAAUCCCCAUCCGGCGAGUGGUCUCACUAAGAAUGGUUCUUCUAAAGAACUGCAAAUCUCGAUACCUUGACUUUCUCUCUAGCCAUAGGCCCACCAAAUUUACAUUAAAUAACAAUCGGGAAAAUCAGAGUUCGGCCAAACAUAAUCAAAGAAGCUUUUUGGUCUCGCGGAAAACACUGGUUCUGCUAGACAUCACCUCUGAUUCUUGUAAUAAGGUUAAGAUGUUGAUACCUGUCAUAAUUGAAGUAUUGACAGGAGGUAUUUAUACCGUUACCGCCGGCCCUUGGUCAGCGUAUCGCAUCGAAGUAGUCAAUGUCGAUAAUAUGAAGCCAGCUAACGGGCUCCGUUUAUGGCAAGAUUCGGCGUACGCCAAGAUGGAUGAGGAACGGCGGGAACACCGUACCCGGUAUGCUUGCGUCUUCGAUUAUCUCAACAUCUUCCGGGCGACGAUCCGUGUCUUUACUAGGGUCGAAGGAGUUCUCCUCGAUAAUAUUUUCAAGAGCAUGGAGGGAAAAGUUUUAGGGCUUGGAAAGGUAUUGCCAAUAUCUAGUGAAGGAAUACUGAGGGCCUCUGGUGGAUGCUCGAGCGGUAAGACUUGCUACAGAAAAACACAGCAUUCAGAUGCAUACCCGGGUGUGUAUGAGAACAAGUCAAUUUUCAGAUGGAUCUUUCUUUACUUGCUCUACCAGACCAAACCCAGCCUGGAAGUCACAUAUAAAACACGAACUAAGUUACCCAGUAAUAUCAUUAACACCAGCAGCUCCAAAGUAGCGACGAAAACUUCCUUGUGA